UGGGCUGCCGUCACUCUCAAGACGCAACCUGCCAACAGCGUUUUCCACGGCGUUCGGUGCGUGCGGCCAUGAUUUUGCAGCUGUGCUUGGUGGCUUCAGCGGCUUCAGCCCUUGCCAGCUCUGAGAACUGCGAUGCAGGUGCCAGCUGCGCCGCGUCCAUGGACGCAACCAGCGAGGGGCCAUCCAUGGCGCUGCUGCAGACGGCGAACCAGCGGCUAAAUGCUUCGCGGGCCAAUGUGAGCAAGCCGAAUGUAGCGGCAAUCGAGUCAUCCAAGGAGUCCAAGGCCUGCGUGAAACUCACGGGCGGCACAUGCCUCAUCAGUGGCAUUUGCGACGACAGCCGAAGUGCAGAAUGCGACAGGACCCAAGGCUCCUUUACCUACGGCCAAUGCGUCUGUCCGCAAUUCACCUGCGCUUCUGAAGGCAAGUGCAGCUGGUCCGCGGCAGAGAUCCGCGAUGCCGUGGGCAGCGGGGCCGACAACGUAGUGGAGAAGGUUACCUCGACCGCAGCCAAUAUCCCGGGCUUAGCGGAUACCGCGGGCGCGAUCCAAGGAGUUUGGAACACCCUGGGUGGCGUGGUCGGGUCCAUUUUGGGCGCCAACGGAGGUUGUUCGGGUUAUGUGGGCCUCUGCUGGGGGCAAUGCUCCAACCAGCAGCAGUUGGGCUACACCGCGUCGUGUCAGUGGGGCUCCUGUCAAUGCAAGGCAGGCUUCUGCGCAAACAAUGGUAUUUGUCAGAUGGACCUGUCAGGAAUGUUAAAGGGCGCCGCAGGCAAUGCCUUGCGCUGAAGAAGCAAGCGUUUUCUGUGCUCGGGAAAUUAUAAGUCAGCCUGCCUUUGUGUGGCGUGGAUUUCUGCAGGUUCUUCUUUCAUGUGGACAAAUCAUCGAACCAGUCAACUGUGGAUUUGGAG